GNGCUCCGGGCAGGUAGAGCCGGGCUCCGAGCGCGGGGGCCGCAGCAGCUGCCGCCCCACCUCGCCUCGGCCCUGCGCACAGCCUCGCGCGCCCAUGGCGGGCUCGGAGCAGCAGCGGCCGCGGCGGCAGGACGACGGAGACUCGGCCGCGGCGGCGGCGGCGCCCCUGCAGGACGCGGAGCUGGCCCUGGCUGGCAUCAACAUGCUGCUUAACAACGGCUUCAGGGAGUCGGACCAGCUUUUCAAACAAUACAGAAACCAUAGCCCAUUAAUGAGUUUUGGAGCAAGCUUUGUCAGUUUUUUGAACGCCAUGAUGACAUUUGAGGAAGAAAAAAUGCAGUUGGCGUGUGAUGACUUAAAGACGACGGAGAAGCUGUGUGAAAGUGAAGAGGCUGGAGUAAUUGAAACCAUCAAGAAUAAAAUUAAGAAGAAUGUUGAUGUCCGAAAAUCUGCCCCCUCUAUGGUUGAUCGGCUUCAGAGACAGAUAAUCAUAGCUGACUGUCAGGUUUAUCUGGCUGUGCUCUCGUUUGUGAAACAAGAAUUGUCAGCCUAUAUCAAAGGUGGGUGGAUCCUCAGGAAAGCCUGGAAGAUUUACAAUAAAUGCUAUCUGGACAUCAACGCCCUUCAGGAGCUGUGUCAGAAGAAGCUAACUGAAGAGCCUUUGACUUCUGACACUGCAAAUGAUAAUCACAUUGUGGCUGAAGGGGUGUCUGAGGAGUCUCUAAACAGACUGAAAGGUGCUGUUAGCUUUGGAUAUGGCCUUUUUCACCUUUGCAUAUCCAUGGUGCCCCCCAACCUGCUCAAAAUCAUCAACCUGCUGGGCUUUCCUGGAGACCGCCUGCAAGGGCUUUCUUCCCUGAUGUAUGCGAGCGAAAGUAAGGACAUGAAGGCCCCUUUAGCUACAUUGGCUCUGCUCUGGUAUCACACCGUAGUCCGCCCGUUUUUUGCCUUGGAUGGCAGUGAUAACAAAGCAGGCCUGGAUGAAGCGAAGGAAAUUCUUCUCAAAAAAGAAGCUGCUUAUCCAAAUUCUUCCCUCUUCAUGUUUUUCAAGGGACGCAUACAACGAUUAGAGUGUCAAAUCAACAGUGCCUUGACUUCUUUCCAUACCGCGUUGGAGCUUGCGAUAGAUCAGAGAGAAAUCCAGCAUGUCUGUCUGUAUGAAAUUGGUUGGUGCAGCAUGAUAGAGCUGAACUUCAAAGAUGCAUUUGAUUCCUUUGAGAGGCUAAAAAACGAGUCGAGGUGGUCCCAGUGCUAUUAUGCCUAUUUAACCGCUGUUUGUCAGGGAGCCACCGGUGACGUGGAUGGGGCACAGAUAGUCUUCAAAGAAGUUCAGAAACUCUUCAAAAGGAAGAACAAUCAGAUUGAACAGUUCUCGGUGAAAAAGGCAGACAGGUUUCGGAAGCAAGCCCCCACCAGAGCGCUGUGUGUGCUGGCCUCCAUCGAAGUGCUGUACCUGUGGAAAGCCCUUCCCAACUGUUCCUUCCCCAACCUGCAGAGGAUGAGCCAAGCUUGCCACGCAGUGGAUGAUUCAGCGGUCGUUGGAUUGAAGUACCUGCUUCUUGGUGCCAUCCACAAAUGUCUCGGAAACUCCGAAGAUGCCGUUCAGUUCUUCCAGCGAGCUGUUAAAGAUGAGCUGUGUCGUCAGAAUAACUUAUACGUGCAGCCAUAUGCCUGCUACGAACUUGGCUGUCUUCUAUUAGACAAACCAGAGACUGUAGCAAGAGGCAGAACUCUACUUCUUCAAGCAAAGGAGGAUUUCUCUGGCUACGACUUUGAAAACAGAUUGCAUGUCCGCAUCCAUGCUGCUCUGGCCUCUCUGAGGGAAUUGGUUCCUCAGUGACAGACAUGGGGUUCCUGUUCUGUCCCUCCCCACCAGGUUCUGCACUUUAACAUAAAAGCAGAGGACACAGCUCUUCCGAAGACCGGCUUUUCUUCUGAAAACCACCUGUGCCAGGGACACAUUUUCCCAGUUAGGCUGACAUAUUGAAGACCUCCUCUUUUAAACAUAUAGCUAAGAAGUAAUGAUGAUGAUCCUAGUAAUUAUAACUAACCACCUGGGGAGAGGGUUAAGUGACCUUGUUCAAACAUUUUAGUUUUGUGAUUUAUUAUUUUUAAAAUAAAAUCAAAGUAAAUACUCAACCUGUGAUCUUCUAGGAACGCCUACCUUAAGCACACAUCGGACUGGGUAACGCAAGGAGGUACCUGUAAAAUUAUCAACAGUAUUAUGAUAUAGCGUUUAUAUUGUUUUGAAAAAGAAUAAAAGUGCUUUCUAGUGUUUUACUUAAUCCUCUAACUUGUGACUAGCAUAGCACAGAUAUUAUCCCCAUUGUCUAGACCAUGAAACUCAGGCACAAAAAGGCUGGUUGACUUAUGCCAAUUGAUUAUUCCUGUUAGCAGUGGAGCAAUGACUAGAACGCAGAUCUCCUGAUCACAGAUAGAAUAUUCUUGUUAAAAAAAAUGUUCAUAACCCAGAAUUUUGUUUUCCUUAUUAAAACACAAAUGCUCUUCUGCUGAA